GUAUAAUCCUGAUCUGUACGUUUUACUUUGUUUCUGUUUAAUUUGACGCGUGUCUGUGUUUCGGGUGACUUUUAUUUUGACAUGUUCGGACGUGUCGUUGUUUCCGGCUGUUCCGUCAUUCACGCUUUCAAACAUGGAGUCUAUUUUCCACGAAAAACAAGAGGGCUCUCUGUGUGCGCAGCACUGCUUGAACAACCUCCUGCAGGGGGAGUACUUCAGUCCAGUGGAGCUGUCCUCCAUCGCGCAGCAGCUGGACGAGGAGGAGCGCAUGCGCAUGGCUGAAGGAGGCGUCCAGACCGAGGAGUACAGGACCUUUCUGCAGCAACCGUCGGGAAACAUGGAUGACAGCGGCUUCUUCUCCAUUCGGCGUCCGAAGUUGAUUGGAGAGGACGAGGCCCAGAGGGUGUCAGUGCAGCAGGUGUCGGAGCCCGGACACACCGCAGAUGAAGUGCUGCUGGAUGAGGAUGAGGAGGAGCUGAGGAAGGCUCUGGCUCUCAGCAGACGGGGCGUGGAGGUGGAGGACGAGGAGGCCGACCUGCGCAGAGCCAUUCAGCUCAGCAUGCUGGGUGGCAGCGAUCCCAGCGGCGCUGUGACGGCGGGUUCGUCUCAUGAAUCAGGAAGCAGCGAGGAGGCGGUGCUGACAGCGGAGGAGCUGCGCAGGAGGAGACAGGUGUACUUCGACAGGCAGCAAGCUCAGCACAGCAGCUCCGCAGGCGGAGAGAAGGACAGCGGGACCAAACCCAGCCAGUGACAGACGCCCUGGACCCGGCCUCUCUUUGGGAGGGAUGGGAAUCACAUCUCCUCUCAGAACCGUUCGGGUCCUGCUGUGUAAUAAAGGGACAUUCGUUUAGCUUCGCUUGACCUCUUUGAGUUGAACGAGGUGAAAGGCAAGCGUUUCCCGGUACAUUCCUCUUGCUCAGACCGUGGUGCCUUCGGUGUGGCUCAGAGGAAGCUGUCAGCGCUGCGAUCACGCCUGUAUUCUGGGACCACUGGGGCUUUAUCUGCUCUUCUGCUCUGUGGACUGUAGUGAAGAACGUCAGCGGUGAGCGGCACGCGCCCUAGUUAGACAGCACAGUGUGCGUGAGGGCAGAUGCUGAUGUGGAGAUCAGUCAUCGUACAGAUUCAGACCUUCCCCUUUUUUCUUUUCAUUCCUCAGUCAUCAGCAGCUCUUUUGGAUCUAGGUUGUGAUUUCUAGUGAUUUUCACAUUCUUUUCUAUGAUUUCAUGUGUUUCUGAACUCUUUUAAGUGAUUGGUUAUACACACACUUAUUGUUUCUCAAAUAAAAAUGUUUCUUUUUCCCCUGA